AUGGCAUCCAAUCUCACGCUGCAUCGAGUGACCACCCUCGAAGAAUUGGAACCGCUAUAUCAAGUCGGAGCGGACGCCUUCCGAGAUGACCCAUGUAUGGACUGGUUCUACCCUGGUGGUCGCGAUCAUCCCGAUGAUUUCGUUUUGCUAUGGAAGCAUAUCUUGCAGAUGGAAUUCUUUGACAAGGGGAAGUUUAUUCUUGCCGCCACAAUCCGAGAUCUCGACGAUGAGACGUGUGCGGGCAGAGUAGUGGGAUUCGCGGUUUGGGAACGGAAUGGGGUUUGCGAUGCUGCCAGGAGUUGGCAAGGAACUAGCCUGUCCAAAAAGCUGAAACGGCUCACUCUCAACCUAAAGAUCGCUUAUACGUUUCGUCUGGACACACCAAAACGAUCCAUAUCUUGGCCAAAGCUGAACCACUAUCAGCAUGAGCUCAAGUUAGCUAAGGCUGGUCAACCGACCGAGUCGUGGUACCUAAGCAUCUUGGCCGUCAGCUCAAAGGCUCAGGGCCAAGGCGUCGGAAGGAAAUUGCUGCAAUGGGGAAUUGAUCGGUCGGAGGAAGAGUGUAUCCCGGCUACUUUGGUAGCAACUGGCGCAGGGCUUCAUUUGUAUGAAAGUACGGGUUUUGAACGCACCGGCUGGUUGUAUUUCGAUGAUGAACGGCAGAAACAGACGAUUAUGAGGAGAGAUAUCAGGUUGACUUGA